AGUUGCCGAACUGAGGCACGCGCCGGAUGGGCUUCUUUUCAUUGGACGAAAACAAAAAAGUGCUCGCGCUCGUGCCGGGCCAGCAGCCCAGCCCAGCUAGCCCGCCCUGUUCUCCCCCUCCCUCUCUUCCCUUCCCUUCCCUCGACGGUCUCCCUCAGUUCACCCCGCAGCAGUUGCCGUCCGGCUCCAAGGUUUCUCUUCCAGACAUGGCCGCGAAAGUGUGCAGACUCUUGCUGCCCCGGAGCAGCGCCGCCGUAGCGUCUCCUUUCCCCGCGUUCGGUGUCUCCUCACAUCGGCAACACCAGCACACAGGAGCGGAGACGCUAUCUGGACCGUUCGUCCAGCAGAGUGUGAGAAGAGGACACAGCCUGAGGUCUUCCGGCAGGGCAGCGCUCUUCAGCCAGUCCAGGGCCUCCCUACCUCCCCAGGGCUGGAAGGGAACUCCUACAUGGCAAGCUCAGAGGCUGCUGUGCUCAUCUGCCGCUUCAGAAGAGGUGACGGUGGUGUAUCAGAACAGCCUGCCGGUGAUCUCAGUGAAGCUGCCGUCUCGGAGGGAGCGCUGUCAGUUCACUCUAAAGCCUCUCAGCGACAGCGUGGGCGUCUUCCUCCAGCAGCUGCAAGCCGAGGACCGGGGUAUCGACCGAGUCGCUGUCUAUUCCACAGAUGGCGCGAGGAUAGCUUCCUCUACGGGGAUCGACAUUUUGCUACUGGACGACUUCAGUCUCGUCAUUAACGAUACCACGCACCUUGUGCGGCCGCCCAGAAGAGAGUUGUUGGCCCAUGAGGAGGCGGAGCGGCUGAACGACGUGAAGCUUCUGGUGCAGCAGCUCUACACUACUCUGCGCAUAGAGGAGCAUCAGAUAAGCAAAGAGAGAGAGUUGAUUGGCCGACUUGAGGAUCUCAACUCCCAACUUCGCCCGCUUGAAAAGGUGAAAGAGGAGCUGGGCAGGAAAGCAGAGCGUCGGACCACCUGGGUGCUGUGGGGAGGCAUGGCGUAUAUGGCUACCCAGUUUGGCGUGCUGGCACGGCUAACCUGGUGGGAGUACUCAUGGGAUAUCAUGGAGCCCGUCACCUAUUUCAUCACCUAUGGCACAGCCAUGGCCAUGUAUGCCUACUUUGUGCUCACACGCCAGGAGUACAUCUACCCUGAUGCCAGAGACAGACAGUAUCUGCUGUUCUUCCACAAGGGAGUGAAGAGGACACGCUUUGACGUCGAAAAGUACAACAAGCUGAAGGACGCUAUUGCCGAGGCCGAGUUGGACCUGAAGCGCCUGAGAGAUCCUCUCCAGUUGCACCUCCCCAUCCAGCAGAUUAGCACCAGCAAGGAUUGAUGUGAGGAAGUGAAAGCCUCCCUUCCUCCUUCCCUCUUUCCUUCUCCCUUCUCUCUCCUUCCCUCCUUCCGCUCUUUCUCCUUUUUUCCCCUCUCCCUCUUUCAGCCCACCCUUCUUUCAUUUUCGUUUAUUUUAUUUUAUUUUUUUAUUUCCCCUCCCACCUCUUUCAGAUUUUGUUCUUUGUGACUUGAAGUGGAGUUUUUUGUUUUUCCUUCUUUCUUUUAAUUACUACCGUUUUUAUGUUCUAUAAUUUGCUUUUGAAAACUGCUUAAACACGGGCGAGUCAAUGUAGAGGAGGAGGGGAUGGAACGAAAUCCAACGAAAGAAAGAACGCCACCGGAAGCCCCUCUGCUGGAGGUGCUGGAGGGCGCAACGUUGCUUAUUGUGCCUGCAGCCCUGUGCGCUCUGGUAACGCUACAGGAACACGGAGAGAACAGCAGCAGCCUACAGGAAGCUCCUGAUGCCUAACAGGAAGUGACCUCGGGGUAUGGACACAAUAUCUCCCAGACAUGCUGAACAAAUAACACAUGCAGACACGUGCGCUGUGGUUCAGCACCUCUUAAACAUACUUUCAAAAGAGAACCUCUAAAGACCUAUUUUUUACAGCGGAGUUGUAUAUAUGGCGCAGGAAAGAUCUUGGGCCUUUGGGCUUUUUUUUCCCCUCCAGCCCUGGACAUUUUUGGGGGUUUUUUGGGAGGGGGGGGACGACAGUCAGAUGCAGGAGAGCUAUUUUUGACCCAACAUCCCUGCGUGGAGCAAAGUUGUCCUCUGUCUCCCUGUCCCCUCCUGUCCUUUACUGGCUGGGACUCUGGAACUGCCGCCACAUCUCCCUGUGUCUCCGGUUGCAUCCUUAGCAUGAUUACAGGAGAUGCUGUAACAGGAGAUCAACUACACUGCUGCUAAGUGUGUACAAGGAGAAGGGGUCACAUGAUGAGCAUCACUUCCUGUACAGAUCUGUUGCAAGCUGCAGACCAGAGAUCUACCGGCUAAACAUCACUGUGUGUUCAAUUAUUCAAAAAAAAAAAAAAAGAAAGAAAAAUAAACAAAAAAAAACAAUUUUGGCACUUUUUAUUUUGAAAGCCAUAUAUUAUAUUAUAUUAUUAUAUUUGUUAUUAUGGGUGAGGAAAUGAACUAAUCUCUUUCUUUCAUAUUGGUGGAGGAGUUUUUUUUUCUUUUUUUUCUCUUCUUUUUCUUUGGUAAUUAUUUUCCCCCCCAUCUUGUCAGCAUAGGACUUGCGUUGCACAUCAGCACACCGGAUCCGGCCGUUUUCCCGCAUACACGCAGCUCCUGAUAUUAAAUGACGACAUGACCACGCUUAAACACGCACACGAUGUUUAAUUACGAACGCAGUCUCUGAAUGGUGACGGUGAAUUAGUCCACAUAUGCGCCUUUUUGCUUGCGAAACCUGUGGCGAUUAACAGAGGAUUUAUACAAGUGACAGAUUCAGAAGGUCCUCCUCUUCUUUUCUGUGCCAGAAAACUGUUACCCACAGUGCCUCACAGCACCCCGUGCAACAUGCUGAUCAGGGCGCUCCUAUUCGCCUGCCCAGCCACGUUCUGGUCUCUCAGCCUCAGCCCCUACGAGCCAGACGCAUCCAUCCUUCAAGACUUUCCUGGGCUGUUUACUGUAUCAUACGUUUGAGUAAAAAAAACAAAAAACAUAUAUAUCAGAGACAAAAUCAAGCUGUACAGCUGCACAGCUCCUCCGUAUGCCAAGAAUAUACUGAAGCGUGAAGAGAACCGUGUAAUAUAUUAGAUCCUAGACUUAGUUGGUUUCUCACAAGUUCGUGGCAUGCUGUAGCGUGUGACUUUUGCAUCCUUUCAUCUAGAACACGGUGUCUUUAGGGGACAGGCUUUAGAGCGUCCUGGAGUAGUAAAAGCUGUGGAUGGAAUAUUUGGAUAGUUUUGAAUACGCACACUUUGGCAUUAAAAUGUAUUUUUUAUUUGUUUCAUACAACAGGAUGUAAUUGUAUUUCUUCUGCGCAUGGUGCUCUGUUUAAAGUUGAGUAGGAAUCACGUCAUAACUCAUAUUUGUGUCUCCUUAUGCAUUACACAUACCUUCAGAGGGUUUAUGGCAGGGGGGUCCAAUCUUAUCUGGAAAGGGCCGGUGUGGGUGCAGGUUUUCAUUCCAACCAAUCAGAAGCCACACCCGAGUCUGUUGAAACAGGUGGAAUCAGGUGUGUCCGGCUCGCUUUUAAUGAAAACCUGCACCCACACCGGCCCUAUCCGGAUAAGCUUAGACACCCCUGGUUUAUGGUAUAUGGAUAUCUUACUGUUAUCCUCCUUCAUUCAGCCAGGUGUGCUGCAGAUGCCUCAUUUGUCCAAAAAGAAACUCUGUUUUUAGCUUUUAAGGUGUCCCGCAUACAUCCUUAUACAGAAAAUAUAUAUCGGAAAUGUUCAAUAUCGACACGGUCUAGAAUAUGUGUUUACGCAACAAGGUUUCUACAGCACACUCAGGCAACAUUUGCUCAGACAUGCUGAUUAAUAUAUCUCACAGCCUUGCCGUGUCCCUCGCAGUAAUAUUUUCCAAAGCUUAAUGCUGCAUGUUGGGCUUGCGUGCUGCAAAAUGAGAAGUCUUUCCUUAGAUAUUACUUCCUCCUGUCAUGCCGUGCACCAUCAGUCCAUGCCUCCAGGCAGUCCAAACACGGCAAAGAGAGCUAAGGGAUUGUUUGCAUCCUUCAUGUUUAAGAGACCGGUGCCGUGUGAUGUAAUACACGGCUUACUUAUUAAAUCAGUGAAAUGUCGUACAGCGUGCAUGACUGCAAGUCUGAAAAUAUGUCACGGUGAUCUGAAGGAAUGUGUCUCGCCAAAAAAAAAGUCUGACAUUUAUAGGAAGGAAAAGCACAAUCGUAUCAAUCCUACAAAGGCCACAUUUGAAUAAGCAAGCUGGAGUUGAGUUGUUGGGGAGAUUGGCCUGGAUGUGAGUAUUGGUGUAUGGUUUAAGAGACCGCAGUGGACUUGUGCAUGAUGAUAAAACUGACGCUGUGUCAGGUAGCUCAAAAAUUGCUUCAUGAGGGAACAGGUUUUGCCGCGCGCAGCUGUCGUCACGCAAAGUUACAAAUAAGAACGUAUCAUCGAUUAUACGGCUUCGUCAAUAAGGACAGGCUGAUUGUCAGUGUAACUCCAUGAGUGCAUUUGAGCAAUUCCUAUCCAUAUCAGUCCUGAUCAAUAUGAGCAAAUCAAUCCCUUCCCGUGCCCCCUCGGCCUCCUGUCCUCAUACCGUCAAUAAUCAUAAAUCCUUGUAUGCUGUUGCACGCACAGAGAGAAGCGAGGGCAGGGACGGUGUCUAAAAAACACUUCCUGGAAUGACCUGCAAAGCUGAUACCAAAAUCAUUCUCACUGUUCAAUGUCUCAGUCUUUAUCACUAUUAAGCAUUUUUUUUUCUUUCUGCUGUUUGUUUUCUAAAAGGGUUUGCCUUUGUUUGCUUUGCCUUUUAUUUUUUACAAGAGUAUAUGUAAUAUAUGGAACUUAUUCUAAAGCGGGUGUUGCAUGAAUGUAAUGUUUACAUGGGGAAAUUAUAUACAAAUGACCCAAAAAAGCUGCAAAGAUUACAGAAUACUGGGUUUGUCGAGUGCAGUUUUAUUUCCUUCCAUGUGCUUUGAGACUGACUGCCCUGAGAGAGAGAGAGAUAGAUAGAUAGAUAGAUAGAUAGGCAGCCACCAUCCAGCCACGCAUCACUCUCUUUUUUUUUUUUUUUUUUUUUUGUAUCUCUCCCUCUCCAUCCAUUUAUAUCUUUCAAAUACCUCUUUUAAGCCCACAAAUUUUCCAUAGCACAUGAAUUAAGUUUCAGAGGAGUGCAUUAUUUUACAUUUUUAACACAUGCACUUAAGAAAAUAAAGUUUAAAGAAAACUAUAUAUAUAUAUAUAUAUAUAUAUAUAUAUAUAUAUAUAUAUAUAUAUAUAUAUAUAUAUAUAUAUAUAUAUAUAUAUAUACACACAUACAUAUACAUAUAUAUAUAUGUGUGUAUGUGUAUAUAUAUAUAUGUUUCACAUCAAUAUAUUUUCUUCAUUUCAUGUUGGUUUUUAUCAUUGGCAUCAGAUGCUGUGAUAUUGGAAGACUAUAAAAAUACAAAUGUAAACUCCUGUAUCAUUUAUGAAAUGUGUAUAAAAGAGAAAUGUAAUUCACUUAUCAAUAAAUACUUAUCCAGUUUUGGAA